UCUAAAUACUGGGUGUAAAUUACAUUUGGUAACGAAACUCAAACUCAAAACAUUUAAUCUUAACUUUUUCGAUAGUUCCGUUGCUUACAAAUCACACACAAAGGCAGGAGUGUUUGGAAAAGUAAAGCUUGGCAAAACCUCUCCAUGAAUGGCCCACGCCGCCUCGUUAAGCUGACCACACGUGCGUUUGCCUCAUUGGCGUUGAACGUCCGACAAAGUAGUCGCUGGAUGAAGACCAUGGCCGGUCGCAUGUCGCCGUGUCCGGUUCGCCCACGAGAUGCCUCCCCCGAAUUGAUCGCCCAGCUAGGGAAAUUGCCCAGGAUGCGCAAGAAUCCGGCAUUCCGAAAGGUGAAAUCUCCAGAGUUCCAAAGCAUAUUCACGCCCGAGCUGAAAGAGCUGGAGGCUAUGUUUAAGAAGUACGACUACGAGCUGCGGAUUGCAGGCGGGGCUGUGCGCGACAUACUGAUGAGCAUUCCGCCAAAAGACAUUGACCUGGCCACCACCGCCACUCCAGACCAGAUGAAAGCGAUGUUCGAGAAGGAGGAGGUGCGGAUGAUCAACGCAAAUGGAGAAAAACACGGAACUAUUACUCCUCGGAUUAAUGACAAGGAGAACUUCGAGGUGACCACGCUGCGAAUCGACAUACGCACCGAUGGACGCCAUGCGGAGGUGAUAUAUACCACCAACUGGCAACUGGACGCGAACCGCCGUGAUUUGACGAUUAACUCCAUGUUCUUGGGCUUCGAUGGCACCGUCUACGACUACUUUUAUGGCUUCGACGAUUUGCAGGAGCGUCGUGUGGUCUUUGUAGGCGAAGCGGGUAUCCGGAUUAAGGAGGACUUCCUUCGCAUCCUGCGCUACUUCCGUUUUUACGGGCGCAUUGCUAAGGAUGAAAAUAACCACGACGAGGCCACUUUGGCUGCUGUAAAGGAGAAUGCGGGAGGCCUUGCAAAGAUAAGCGGUGAACGGAUAUGGACGGAACUGCAAAAAAUUGUGGUGGGCAAUUACGGAUCCGAGCUGCUACUGGAGAUGCACCGUUGUAACCUUUUUGAGCACAUUGGGCUGCCUGUUGAGCCCAACCUGGAAGAAUACGAGCGACUUUGUGAAGCCCUGAAGAACUUCGAUAAGCCGCAUUAUCCCAUUUUGUACAUUGCAGGGAUGCUGCACUCGGUGGAAGAUGCCAUAGCUAUGCACAAACGCCUAAAGUUAUCCGCCUACGAACGGGACCUGGCUAGGUUCAUCACGCAGGAGCGAGAGAAGGUGGACACAGAUUACACGACCCUGCGCGACUACCAGAAACUUUGCUUGAAGAAGUACAUCCAACGAGAUUACGUGGAACAGUUGCUGAAGUACUCCAACAAACUUGAACUUUACAAUCAGCUUAAGUCUUGGGUACAGCCGGAGUUUCCGAUUAGAGGCAAUACUUUGGCUGAGCAUGGUCUUAAGAAAAUACGGCUAGGUCUUGUUCUGGAAGAACUUAGGCUACUUUGGGCAGAUAGCGAUUUCCAACUAAACGACAUAGACUUGCUGAAAAAGAUUCCCGACAUCUUAGAAAAGAUACCAAGUUCUCCCAUUAAAGCAAAACGUUCAAAGUAGUACUGAUUCGAUGUCAAGGACUUCCUUCUUGCUGUUUAUAUUUAUUAAAAGUUUUUCCGACCAUUUCUUUGGAUCAAGUUUA